GGGGUUCCGCUCUGGCGCGGGGGACCAGUGGUUCUCGGGCGCUGGCAGUCCAGGCUCGGGUCCCCGCGGCGGUGGUACCAUGUUUCUUCACUCAGUCAACCUCUGGAACCUGGCGUUUUAUGCUUUCAUGAUCUUCAUGGCGACCCUGGGGCUGUGGGAUGUCUUCUUCGGCUUCGAGGAGAACAAGUGCAGUAUGAGCUACAUGUUCGAGUACCCGGAGUAUCAGAAAAUAGAACUUCCAAAGAAACUGGCAAAACGCUAUCCUGCAUAUGAGUUGUAUCUUUAUGGAGAAGGAUCGUAUGCUGAAGAACACAAAAUUCUGCCUUUGACAGGGAUUCCAGUUCUCUUUCUUCCUGGUAAUGCUGGAAGUUAUAAGCAAGUUCGUUCUGUUGGCUCUAUAGCACUUAGAAAAGCAGAAGACAUUGACUUCAAGUACCACUUUGACUUCUUCAGUGUGAACUUCAAUGAAGAACUGGUGGCUCUCUAUGGUGGAAGUCUUCAGAAGCAGACCAAGUUUGUACAUGAAUGCAUUAAAACAAUUCUGAAACUCUACAAGGGUCAAGAAUUUGCUCCAAAAAGUGUGGCGAUAAUUGGUCAUUCUAUGGGUGGCCUUGUUGCAAGAGCAUUGCUUACGCUGAAAAAUUUUAAACAAGAUCUGAUAAAUCUUCUUAUUACACAAGCAACUCCUCAUGUAGCUCCUGUCAUGCCAUUAGAUCGUUUCAUUACAGAUUUUUAUAUGACCGUAAACAACUAUUGGAUUUUAAAUGCCCAACACAUAAAUUUAACCACACUUUCUGUAGCUGGAGGAUUCCGAGAUUACCAAGUUCGUUCAGGAUUGACUUUUCUACCACAAUUAAGCCAUCAUACCAGUGCCUUAUCUGUUGUGAGUUCAGCAGUGCCUAAGACCUGGGUCUCAACAGACCACCUCUCCAUAGUGUGGUGUAAACAGUUGCAGUUGACUACAGUUCGAGCAUUCUUUGAUCUUAUUGAUGCUGAUACUAAACAAAUAACUCAAAAUUCCAAGAAGAAAUUGUCGGUUUUGAAUCACCACUUUAUAAGACACCCAGCAAAACACUUUGAGGAAAAUCCAGCAAUAAUUUCUGAUUUAACAGGGACAUCUAUGUGGGUUCCAGUGAAAGUGUCCAAAUGGACCUAUGUGGCUUACAAUGAAUCUGAUAAGAUAUAUUUUACAUUUCCUCUUGCAAAUCAUAGAAAAAUCUACACUCAUGUCUAUUGUCAGAGCACCAUGCUGGAUACAAAUAGUUGGAUUUUUGGAUGCAUAAACAGUACUUCUAUGUGCCGGCAAGGGGUUGAUUUAUCAUGGAAAGCUGAACUGCUGCCAACAAUUAAGUCUCUGACAUUAAGGCUCCAAGACUAUCCAUCUUUGUCUCAUCUCGUUGUUUAUGUACCAUCUGUUCAUGGAAGUAAGUUUGUUGUAGACUGUGAGUUCUUUAAAAAAGAGAUGAGAUCCAUACAGCUUCCUGUAACUCAUCUUUUCUCCUUUGGGUUGUCUUCAAGGAAAGUGGUAUUAAAUACAAGUGGCCUGUUCUACAAUAUAGAGCUUCUGAACUUUGGACAGAUAUAUCAAGCUUUUAAAGUCAACGUGGUGAGCAAGUGCUCAGGAGUCAAAGAAGAAAUAACUAGUAUCUACAAACUUCACAUUCCCUGGUCUUAUGAAGAUUCACUAACCAUUGCACAGGUUCCAUCUUCCACAGAAAUUUCUCUGAAACUCCAUGUUGCUCAACCAGAAAAUGACAGCCAUGUAGCAUUAUUAAAAAUGUACACAUCAUCAGACUGUCACUAUGAGGUGACAGUUAAGACUUCUUUUCCACAAAUACUUGGACAGAUGGAGGAAGAUACAUUUACGUAUUCCUUGGUCUCCUCUUAUGAAAGAGAACAAAAAGUAGUUAGAUUUCAUGGUGGAGCUCUUCCUGCCUACAUUGUAUCUAGUAUCCUUCUUGCUUAUGGAGGACAAUUAUACUCUCUUUUCUCAAUAGGUCAUUGCUUAGAAUAUGAUGUUAUGUUGGAUAAAGAAGCCAAACCUUACAAAGUUGAUCCUUUUGUAAUUAUGAUUAAGUUUCUAUUGGGGUAUAAAUGGUUUAAAGAAUUAUGGGAUGUAUUAUUUUUACCAGAAUUAGAUGCCAUGUUUUUAACUAGUCAGAGUAUGUGUUUCCCCCUUGUGUCCUUGAUUCUUUUUCUAUUUGGAACGUGUACUGCCUACUGGGGUGGCCUACUCUCUUCUACAGCUGUGAGACUCCUUUCUUCAUUGUGGCUAGCUUUGAAAAGACCCUCUGAACUUCCUAAAGAUAUCAAGGUGAUAUCACCAGACUUGCCCUUUUUGACAGUUGUUUUGAUCAUAGUUAGCUGGGCAACUUGUGGAGCAUUUGCCAUACUUCUUACUUAUCUUUACUAUGUGUUUAAGAUUGUUCAUCUGCAAGCCAGCCUAACAACUGUUAAAAAUAGCCAGACUGCAAAUCCCAAACACUCCAGAAGAGGUGAAAAAAAAUCCAAUCAUCAUAAGGACUCCACAGUACACCAUCUUCGUUUAUCAACUAGUGAUGCUGAAGAUAGUCUUCGCAUGCACAGUACUGUGAUUAACUUAUUAACAUGGAUUGUAUUACUCAGUAUGCCAUCUUUAAUUUAUUGGUUAAAGAAUCUUAGGUAUUAUUUUAAACUUAAUCCUGAUCCAUGUAAACCUUUGGCAUUUAUUCUUAUUCCAACUAUGGCAAUUCUUGGAAACACUUACACUGUUUCAGUGAAAUCAAGUAAAUUGUUGAAGACUACUUCACAGUUUCCACUUCCUCUUGCUGUUGGUGUGAUUGCUUUUGGGUCAGCACACUUAUACAGGGUUCCAUGCUUUGUCAUCAUUCCUCUUUUACUCCAUGCAUUAUGUAACUUUAUGUAAGAUUGGAUUUAAAGAAUGAAAAAGAUUAUUUAUGCCUUUAGGGCCAGUAAUAAGAAGGGAAUGCACAGAUCCAUCAACAUGGACAUCAAGAUUCUUUGGAGAAGACAAGUCUAUUUUUACAGUAUUGAAAAUAGGAAAUUAGUUUUGUAAUGCUUGAGGAAAGUAGUUGAAGCAUGGUUUUGUUUUGUGGUGUAGUGUCUGUGUACUAAUGAUUUUUGGAAAAAUUACUAAAGGGAUAUGGUAGCCAAUAUCUUUGAGGACUCUUGUGCAUAUCAGCUAGUCGGCUUGAUUGACAAUACCAGGGAUCUUCUAGAGAUUCAGUAGAUGCAUCAUUGUUUAUAAUCUCACCUCAAGCAUUAUGCUCUUGUUUCAUGAAACUCUUCUGAAAAAUGUGUUACUUUGUGUUUGCUACAGUGCGCAUAUUGAGUAGUAAGUCUUAAAAUAUUGAUGAAAUUUACAAAUAUUUGUUUUCUCGAAAGUGAAAUAGUCCCAGAGAGUCUUUGGUCAUUUUUGGCAACCAUGGUGAACAAAGUAGAUCUUUUGUUUUCUUAUAUCUAAGAAAUGUAGCUUUGAAUUCGAAGGAAACAUGCUGUCUCGGUAGCCAGUGUAAGAUGGAUGAUAGAAAAGUAAUUCAAACUCAAAAAUUAAUGGAAUUUUCUUGCUACUUUUCAAAUACAAAUCUUAUUUUGUAUUGUUGGUGAAUAUUAAAAUAAAAAAAGAAAACAGUGCCCACAGAGUCAAUUCUGACUCAUGGUGACCCUAUGUGUUUCAGAGUAGAACUGUGCUGCAGGGGGUUUUCAAUAGCUUUCAUAUUUUGGAAGUAGACCACCACACCUUUCUUCUGAGGCACCUCUGGGUGGAUUCAAACUAUAAACCUUUUGGUUAGUAACCAGGCACUUAACUGCACCACCCAGGGACUCUUUGGUGAGUCUUAGGAGACUACUAAAGAGGUCUAAUGUUAAAUGUAAAGAAAAUUCUCAUAGAUACUUACUUACAGGCAUUGGAGCAGUUCAUUGUUCAGACUGUACCACUUCGUUUAAUUUAUUGCCCCCAUGGUUGCCAGAAGUGCCUCAGGUCACGAUAAAUUAUUACAAAUAGCUAAAUUGCAGUGGUCAGAAACAAUUCUAGGUCUGCACAAUAUUUAUAUACUGUGAAAAAAGAUCAGAAUCGUCAGAUGCAGUACCAUAUUUGAUUUAUGAAAUUAUACUAUUAUUGGAAUAAUAGUAGACAAACUGUUAACUCAUUAAUAGUAUAAGCAUAAACAGUACACCUGAAUAAAUUAGAGAUUUUAGGCACAAGGUUUAUCAGUGGAAUCUUGAUUUGCCCAGGUUACUUCUAGGAUUACUAUUUGACUAAUAAUACAUAUCUGUUUCAUUUCAGAUUUCAGUUUCUUUUUAACUACCAACAAGUAGGAAGUAGGUGGUGGAGCUCAGUAGAAGAGUAUACUCUCUGCCUUAGAAUAAACUCAGACUGAGGUACACCUGGCCCAUCACACCCUUCUUUUAGAUAUGUAUACUGUAAAUACCCAAAACCUCUUUGAGUACAGUCCUUAAGUACUAGUGAUUCUGCAGUUGUACCAGUGGACUUGUGUCCUUGUUAGUACCCAGGAUGUCCUAGAGUACCAGUUUCAUUUUAUCUUCCAUUGCAUCUGGACUCCAUUACAACCUCUCAGCUGUUACUGCCUAUAGAGGGUUACCCUACUUUACUGCCUAUAGAGGGUUACCCCCACUUGUCAUCUGAGUUGUUUCUCAGGUCCUUGCUGUGUUGACAUCAGUUGAAGAGGGUCUUGCUAUACUUCUAAGGGUUUGAUUUUUUUUCAAAUUUCAUUGUUGUCUUUCCCAGCUUCAUACCUGUUGUUCAUCAUUCAUAUUUUCACUUACUGAGACCAUUAAGGAAACCCUGGUGGCGUAGUGGUUAAGAGCUAUGGCUGUUAACCAAAAGGUCAGCAGUUCAGAUCCACCAGGCACUGCUUGGAAACCCUGUGGGGUAGUUCUGCUUUGUCCUGUAGGGUAUCUAUACGUCGGAAUCAACUCGAUGGCAACAUGUUUGUUUUUUUCUGUUUCUGAGACCAUUAAAGGAAGUGAUAACCUUAUAGCAGACAUAGCAUACCAGGCUGUUACUUGUUUGAGAGGAGUAGCAAAAGGUAAUAAUCAAAAUGUUGAUGUGUUCAGUACCAGAGAAGAAAGAAUAGAUUAGGUUAUAUACUGGCCCCAUUGCAUACCACAUAUAUAUUUAAAUAUGGACACAUCUGCCUAUGUUUGGCUAUACAUAUACUCAUAAACAUCUUUUAUACACAUGGUGUGUUUACUUUUGUCAUUGAUAUUAUAAUUGUAUCUCAAGUAAGAGGUAGAACGUGUCAUUUAUCUAUUUCUGAAUUUGGACUUAAGUCCAUAUACAGAAAGAACUGUAGAAUAUUCAUUAAUUUGGAUCUUCUGUUGACAGCCAUAAUUAUUAUGUUUAUGUGAACUAAAGCCUCCUUGUUUAGUCAGUACUAAUCAUGAAUAAAAUAUAACAAGCCUCACUUUCAUUUGAGAGUAGUACAUUUGCUUUUUAAAGCAGCAGCCUAGGCACACUAAUUCUCUCUAAAAUAUUUUCAUGUGAGUGUAAUUAUCAUCAAGACCUAACAUUUUAUUUAUGCCAACAAAACAUUUCAUUUUAGGGCUACAAAAAGCAUUCUGAUUAAAUAUUUUAUAAACAACAUUUGGGUUUCUACCCAAUAUAUACAUAUAUAUAAAGACAUAUGUGCAUAUAUUUGCAUUCUAACAGUCUUCAUCAAGUCCUGAUGCACUUUUAAGCCCAAAUAACCACCAUAGAUGAGAAAAGUAGGUUCUGUCUGAAGAUUAGCAAACUUUAUGACUCUCUCACUUUAGAAAAGUUGUUUUUCCUUUAAAUUACACAUUCUUUCUAUCAUACCUGUAAUCUACAUUAUUAGCUGGUAAAGCAAAACAGAUUUAUUAGCAGUGUUACUAAAAAUGAACUGGUUUUAUCGGCAGUUAGAGAUUAUCUAAUUCAGCAAACUUCUGAGCUCUACUGAGCCAUUUUUAUUUAGUAAUUGCUCAGUUUUGAGUAAGUUUUUUUCUUAUAAAAAUUACUCCUAGAUCCCUCUGUUGAUAAAACUAGAUCAAAUAUAGACUGGGCAGGAAGAAUACUGAGUAUUUUCAGUGUUUCUGAAGCCUUCUCUGGAGUUACUUCUGUAUAAUUUGGAGCUAAGAAUUUGUUAGAAAUUGCUAGUGCUCUUUUUUCUGGACCUUUUUCAUACCAGGAAUUACACUGGUUCUGUAGCUCUUUUCUUUUCUUGGUUAUCACCAGAACAAAAAUAUUUAAAACAAUGGUCCUAAAAAAACAAUUUGUGCCUGAUUAACGUUGAUUUUGAGUUCUUCAAUAUAUAGAUCAUGUAUAGAUUAAUCUUUAAAAUUAUUUGCAUAUUUUGGUCUGGUAAAUUCAAAUGUACAUAAUGGAAUAACAUUUCUUGAUUGAACUACACUCUAGUAUCUACCUAAUUAUACAGUAAGGAAAAAGUGAUAACAGAACUGUAGCAGGCCUAGUAAAAGUUUAUUGUUGAUUAUCGUAUCACUCAUGUAGACAGUAUACAUUUCCACCACACACAGAAGUAUAUAUAUGAGGCAGAUUGUCUGAUUUGUUCAUUAUCUAGUUCUUAUGCUUUUUUUUUUUUUUAACUCUUCUGUCUUCUCAUUUAUAGCAUAGCGUGUUCAGUUCACUUUACUGCUUAUUAGUACGUCUUACGAAGGUGAUCAAGUGAAAUGAAAGCAAGUAAAACACAAUUUUCAAUUUAGUUCUCGAAAGCUCUGGGAAAACCGGGAAACACAAAGAUGAUGAGAUAAACUAGAGCUGUUGAUCUCUGAGUCCCUAGGUAAUUCAGUUAGCCUGUGUUUUCAUCUUAGGUGCUAUGCCUAAAUUAGUAUAAUGUCUUGCUUUAUUAUUAGGUUUCAUGUAAAACUUCUACAGUACUACAUUUGAAAUAGUAGUAAUUUGUUACUAAAAUCAGUUGGGAAAAAGAAAAUGUGUGGGACCUUCUAUGACUAGGCAUUUAUUAUUUUUCAUCAUCAGUUUUUAUUUUCUCAGUAUAUUAUGUUUGUGAACUUGUAUAUCAUAGGAAAUAAGAUACCUUGUGAAGUUUAUUGAGGAAGGUCAAUUUGGAGAGCAUGGCAUUCUCCAAGAUAAAGGAAGCAGUAAAAGUAUCUGUGUAUUAUGAAAUUAUACAGAAAACUUCCUUGCCAAAUAAGGUAAAUGCAGAAGAUAUUUUAUAAAAUAAGUCAGUAAGAUGAUUGGAAGCUAAGUUUUUAUCAGUCUUUUUUAGCAAAGAACAACAUUUUAAAAUCUGUAGUGGACUUUUAUUUAUACACAUUACUCAAGCAUUCUUUCACACUAAAUUUUAACAGACUAAGGAAACAAGAAGCCUGAGGCUUUACACAUUCUUUACUUUUAGUAGGGAUUUAUAGGGAAAAAAAAGUCAGGUCAGUAAUCCAAAUCCAAAUAUGUGUACUGUAAAUGCUCAUGAAUUCACAUUUUUUGAAAAAUAAGUUAUGAAUACAGGUGACUGACUUUGGUAUAUUAAUAACAAUUUUGAGAACAGAAUAAAAUUUAGAAAUAUCCAAAUAUCUGCUUAGGAGAAUUGUGAAAAUAGACAAACUGUUAUUCCAUUAAUAGUAUGAAUUUAAACAGUACACCUGAAUUGAUAACAUACAUGUCUUUCAAAAGUUAGGUUAUAUUCUAAGCUAUAUCUUGACUAAAUUGUCUAUAAUUGGUAAUUUUUAAAUCAAGUACAGUACUUUCUUAAAAUAGUUUGGCAUGUUAAGCUGCCAAAAAUGUUUUGAAAUGCCAAGUAACCAGGUAAUUUCUGAUGACUUUAUAUAGGCCUUGAUAUAGAUAAGUAAGAAUCAUUCUCUACAUUGUAACUUUGAACAUUUAUGAAAAACUAUAUAUGUUGAUAUAUUUUGAUUAGUGUGAAUUUGUUUGCAUAUUUGAAUCCUAAUCUUAGUUUAGGAAGUCUAAAAGUAGCGAUUUUUGUGAAGUUCAUAUGCUGUUUUUUUUAAUGUUUGGUUUUUAGUGUUUAUAUAGUAGUAAUGUGAGUAGUAAAAAAAAAAUUAUAAACAAAGCAUAGAACUAUUAACUGUUCAAAAGCCUAAGUGCUAGGCAUAUUUUGUAUUUCAUGUUGCAACUUGUUUCUGUUUCAUAUUGAACUUUUUACAUCCCUUUUUAAGGAAAAAAAGACACAUUUGAAUUUUUUUUUUUUUUUUUGCAUAAAGCUCAGUAUGAGGCACUAUUAAACUGUAUUCAUAUGGUUAGCAAAACACUUUGCCACCAAAGCUAAAUGAAACUGUAAAAUACCUCUGGAUAUUUGUGCCAGUGAACUUUUCUUAGCAUAUUGGGGUAAAGCAAAAAUAAUCUUUUCAGUAUUUUUCAGCUCGGACUUAGAGUAAACAUGUAAAUCUUGAAAGUUUAUGCUUCAUUCCCUAAUUUUUCUUUGAAAAUAAGGCUUAUAGCGUAGUGUAUUCUGUUUUGUUUGAUUUGUGGAAUACUGUUCCUGGAUUGUUCUUUUGAAGUACUCUACAUAUCUUGCAUACAGAUUCAUUUUGUGAGGUAAGACCUUAAUUUUUGUUGUACAGGGCCAUUUUUAGUACAGGUGUCUCUCAUUUAUGUGAUAGAGAAGUUUACCAUGGAAUUUUAAAAAAAUUGUUUUCUAUGUAUUUCCAUCCAAUCCCUUCAUACUGUUACAUGUUUCACAAGGGGAAAAUACCUGCUAGAACCUAAUAUGAUAUGAUGAAGUAAAAAAAUUUGAAAUGCAUAGCUUAAAGGAAAACAUUUUAAAAGUCAAGAUGUUAAUGGUAACAUUAAUAGGGUGUUGUACUCUUCAGAGUAAAGUAGAAAUAUGAUAAACUCAGAAACUGACCUGUUUAUCUGCUUGAAAUACUUUAAUUUUUCCCCUGUAGAAACUCUCAAAGGGAAUUUCAGUUCCUCAUAUUAAAGUUUUUUCCAUGGUUUAAUACCACUUACUAUUUCUCUGCCCAGUAAUGUUGAGGCAGUUUACAUAAGGAGCCUUGAAAGUGAAGAGGUAGCAGAGAAAGCCAAAUAUUAAAAUAUUUGGCCUCGAUUUAGUAAUGGUUUAUCCUGUUAUCAGUUGAGACCUAUAGGUGAUAGUAGUAAAAAGUUGAUGUCCAAAGGCUAAAAAUUCAGUGGACGUUGAUCUUUUAAAGAAAUUUGUCCUUUGUGUUGAAUAAUUUUAUCCUGAUUAGGAGAUGCCUGUAUUUGACAUAAUCAGUCAUUUUAUAUAAUCAAAUAUGUAUUUGUUGGAAUACUGGUAGAAAUAAGCUUCCCCUCCUCUACUGCGGAAGAAAAAGAAAACUCCAAUUUUUAAUGUAUAUAAUAUAGGAAAUUGUACUAAGUAUUGACCUUUUAAAAAAAUGACAAAUAUAUUAUUUUGAAGUGAUUGUAUUACAGUUUCUUAAACUUAUGACUGACUAUAAAUGUAGCAGUGUGCCCAUGAGAAAACAGACCAAAAUUGAAUAAUCAUCACUGUGACCUUGAACCUAUAGUCAUUUGGGAUAAAACAGAUUGUGCCUUAAAAUGAUAAAGGAAUGCCCUGCAAUUUAUAAUUGUAUAUCUUGCUAUGGGUGGUCUUCUCAAAUUGGCCCCAAAUAGUUUUCUUCAAGGUUGGUGAAGUAAAAGUUAUUUUUAAAAGUUGACCUGUUUCUCUUAGUAUUUGCUCUAGCGGCCUCCUUUAAUUUCCAGAAUUCUCAUUUCAAAUUAGAAUUGGCUUAAACUCCAUAGAUGUAGAAAAUUACUUUUGGCUAGUUUCUGAAAAAAGUUUUUUUGUUUUGGGAGAAGGUGGUGGCACCUCUGUUUUGAACUUACUACUCUUGGAGAAAUUAAUCCUCAUGUAUGUUUUGUUUUAUUAAUGAAUAAUUUAUCAAAGACAUCAAUUCUUUCCUUAAACCUGUGCUCAUUUUUCCUCAAGUUAUUGAGGCUUGUAUUUGGUAUGUGUCAAAUAAAGUUAGUUUACCCAAUAAUGGUUUUUCAGUAAUUAAAAUUAACUUAUAUUCAUGUGGUGUAUUUUUCAACAUUAUUUUUCCCUGUGUUUCUUUUUCUUUCCUAAUUAUUUUCAAGAUAUGAAGAGAGAACUGACUCCAAUUUUUUUUUUAAUGUAUAGACUUGCAUUUUUACUGUGCUUAUUUAAAAUAAUGGAUGUAAUUUUUAUUAAACUCCAAAUUAUCCUGUUUAUAGGACACUCAUCGUCCCGGCUGAAACAUGCCCACAUCUCUGUGUACUUGGAGUUCGUUUUAUUUUAUAGUUUUCGGUUUCAAUUUUGAAUAUAAACUCAACAUCUUUUAUUUUUCCCAUUUCACCUUCACUACCU